AUGAAUGCCAACUUCCUAGCUGGCGGCGCGCCUGUGGGACGCGCGCCGCCUCGUGCGGAGCUGCAGAGGUCGCGGCUUCACGGUUGCGAGACGAGAGCCCACCGAGGUGUGCCACGAUUGCGGCACGCGGAAGACUCGGCACAGCACACGCUGGACUCAUGCGUUGAGUGGUCGACCCAGCGUGCCGCACUCGUGACUGAAGUGGGGCUCGACCUUUCGUUGCCCGCCGUCAUUCGCGCCAUGGUGAGCAGCGACAGGUCUUGGAACGCCGUCGCCUCCUUCUGCGAGGAGGUGAUGACUCAGGAGGAGGCAGCGGAACGGCGGCGGGAGGCCGACGCAAACGUGGACCCUAUCCGUCGCCGAAGAACGGGGCGCAGGCGACAUGCGCAGGAUUGCUGCGAUACAUUUCCUAAUACCAUAUUGGAAUUAUAUACUUAA